CUGGGAUCCCCUUUCAAGUGCGGCAUGGCAUGUCCAAGAAACGAGCAGCGCCCAAGGGAGAUAGCAGCGGGCAUUUUCUAUGGAGCGCCCCGAGGAGGCGGUCAUCAACAGCCCCCUCGGCUCUUGCACUUGCUACGCGACAUCCGCAGCGAUCUUGGCCAAGAAUCCACACCCAUCGCGGCCGGGGAUGCUUGGGCCACGUUCGCGAGGCAAGAGCAGGCCCUUCAAUACGCCGACUGUCACCGCCAUGGCCUCGCCGUCUUCACGUACCAAGACCACACAACGGGCCAAAGGCGAUUCCUUGUUACCUCUCACCUCGAGUUCUGGAGGAGAUACGAGAAGAUGCACGGCAGCUUGAGGCACCACUAUGAAAUUAUACGCGAGAAUACCCCGUGCAAUCUCUACUUCGAUCUGGAGUUCAACCGGCACACCAACCAGGGCGCGGAUGGCGAUGCCAUGGUCGACCUCCUGCUGCAACUGCUCGCCUCCACGCUCUACGAGGCUUUCUCGAUCCGCUACAACGUGGCCUGGACACUGGAGCUCGACUCGUCAACCGCAGACAAGUUCUCUCGGCACCUCAUCUUGCGCAUCCCCAACACCGCCUUCAAGGACAACUCGCAUGCAGGGGCGUUUGUUGCGCAUCUGUGCUCGCGGAUACAUGUGCUUCGCGGGCGUGACAAGCACCUGGAGGAGCUUUAUGUCAUCACCGAUCAUUCUUCCACCUCCAGGCUGUUUGUCGAUCAGGCUGUCUACUCGCGUAACCGUUGCUUCCGCCUCGUCUUCUCUGCCAAGGCUGGAAAGACGGCUAUCCUGGUCCCGACGUACAGAUUCGCCUCCGGCUCCGAAGUGGUCAUGCCGUUGCAGGACGAUAUUACAACGUUCAUGCAAGCGCUCGUUUGCAACGUGGAUGCGAAUUGCGAGACACUUCUCACAUUUGACCGCGGGGCUGCUGGCGAACACCCAAAGUCGCUCUCCAAUAUCCAGCCUCAACAGAGCGUCGCUUCCGAAGCAUCGCCAUUUGGUGCAGUUGAUGCGUUUGUGGAAUCAAUUUCAUCCUUUGGAAACACUCCGGGAAAGAUUCGAAACUGGUUUUGGUUUUCGGAGCUCGGCAUUAUUGUCUAUAAUAUUUCGGGCAACCGUUUCUGCGAGCGAGUGGGAAGGCAGCACAAGAGCAACAACGUCAUGUACAUCAUCAACUUACGACGAGCAAGCUACUAUCAAAAAUGUCAUGAUCCGGAUUGCAGGGGAUACAAAUCUCCUGUGAGACCUGUUCCAUGCCAUGUUCUCCCACCCGCAGGUUUUCACACACACGACGCAGAGACACAGAUAUACAGGCGGUGAAUGCAUCUUUUAUCCGUGUCGUCAAAAUUACAGCGCCUGCGUUCUGUUGUUCAAUCCUCUCCUUCCUCCUCGCCUUCCCCUUCAAUGGACUCUGCACCAACUUCUUCGUGAGUGCCGCAAGGUCCUGCCGGGCUUCAGAGAA